AUGGACGCAAGGGCUCUGACGCAAAUUGUAGAAAAUGCCGAUGCAGCCACGCUCCAGACGUACAUACAGGAUGGGUGCUCCCCUUUUUCGCAGCCCUUGGGAGCACAGGCACGAUUUGCUUACUUUCACCUACUUCGCGAGGAUGGCGCGAGGGCGGCCUCUGGAGUAUCGGCCGCGGUUGGUGGUGAAAGGAGGAGUGCGUCGCUCUUCGAGGAGUACCAUGGCCCUGCCACAACGUAUGUCAUGCGGCCCCAGGGAAAGGAGAAGGCUUUGAAAAGCCCCACUUUGCCUCCCCGGCCUUUAUCACUUGUUGAUCGAGCACCCUGUCGUCGACCUAACCUUUCUGCACUUGCGUGGGUUAUUCAGAGUAAUGGAUGGACAGAAAACGUUCUUCGUCACUCCUCAGCUCGGCAUUCGCUGAACGCUUUGCAUGAUGCAUGGCACCAUCAGUGGAAGCCCUCUUCAAGAGUAUCUCUUCAUUCCUGUGGAGGGCUAACAACGGCGCCGCGUAGUGUGGUGUCGUCUGCAAGGUCUGGUGCUAGCGAGAUAGAGGAUCCUGGCUGGCAACAUCGCCACCAAAUUCAAGAGUGUGAAUCCAAGAGGUUUCGUGAGGCGUUACAGCGUUUGGAGAUGGAGGAGAGGCGGGAGAGAUCGAAGAUGGAAACUACGUUUGAGGAAUUUCUUGUGGAUCGACGCCGUUGGCGGCAUUCGCACUUGGACUGCUACGUGAAAGAGAAAAGUGCGUUACUUACCGCCGAGUCCAUUGUGCGCUCCACGAUAACCAGGGAGGAAAAUUGUCAUUAUAGGGAGAUCUUGACGAGGUGUUUGGGUGAUCUUACUGGGUGUCGUUGGGAUGGCGUGCGUGUGCAAUGGCUACGGAAGCAGAUGGCGAACUCAAUGAUGAUGCAUGAAUGGGUUGAGCUCAGCAGCCCGUUGCCGCGCUGGCAGAGGUCAGGUCAAGAUAUCGCGUUGGGCACUGGUGACUGCACUUGGAAAGUCGGUGAGCUGCAAGGUGGGUCUCCUUCCGUAUGGCUUGUCAAUGCUGGACAUUGCCUCUCUACACCGCUUUGUGAGUCUCCAUUACCGCAUGACGCUGACCCUUUGGCGAAAACAGGUGAAACACCUCCUCAGGCCGUCUGCUCCACCGCCAUACUUCCUUCACAGCCGCGUGUGUUGCCACAUGUUGUGCCACAUGAAGAAUGUACCAUGAGUUGA